AUGUCGUGCUCGUGUGUAAAACUAAUUGUUGUGUUCCUUUCCCCUGCAGAGUUUUUUUUUUUUCCCUUAAGUGCUUCUUCUCAGCAUUGCUUGUCAUCUACAAUGAGUCUCUCUGGUGCUGCUGCAGUUGGUUCAAGCAUGAGAAGAGCGGUUGAGUUUGGGAAAACUCAUGUGGUUAGGCCCAAAGGGAAACACCAAGCUACUAUUGUCUGGCUACAUGGCCUUGGCGACAAUGGUUCCAGCUGGUCCCAGAUGUUGGAGACCCUUCCCCUUCCAAAUAUCAAAUGGAUAUGCCCGACUGCUCCUUCUCGACCAAUAAGUUUGUUUGGUGGUUUUCCCUCCACAGCUUGGUUUGAUGUUGUGGAUCUCACUGAAGAUGGGCCUGAUGAUGUAGAAGGACUGGAUGUGACUGCCGCACAUGUUGCAAAUCUCUUGGCAAAUGAGCCUGCUGACAUUAAACUAGGUGUUGGAGGGUUCAGCAUGGGUGCAGGGACGUCUCUAUAUUCUGCGACUUGUUUUGCCCUUGGUAAAUAUGGAAAUGGCAAUCCUUACCCUAUCAAUUUAAGUGCAGUCAUUGGCUUAAGCGGGUGGCUUCCUUGUGCAAAGACACUGACUGGCAAACUAGAAGAGGAGCAGAUCAAGAACCGAGCUGCAUCGUUACCCAUUAUAGUUUGUCAUGGAAAAGGUGAUGAUGUUGUACCGUUCAAGUUUGGGGAGAAAUCUUCACAGGCCUUGUUAUCACACGGGUUUAAGAAGACAACCUUCAAAGCUUACAGUGGACUUGGUCACUACACUAUCCCACAGGAGACGGAGGAUUUGUGUGCAUGGUUGACAUCCACCCUCGGCCUCGAAGGUUGAAAAAGGCUUUUCAAUGAUUAUCACCUUCUGAUGACAAAAACUCGUGAGAUUUUUCAUUGAUUUCGAUUGGGAUCUUUGGGAUUUUUAUGCUACAUUUGGGAUAUUUAUGUAAGACUUAAGUCCUCUAGUAGUAAAGCUUGUCGUUUGGCACGUCUGAACGCCGUCACCGGACCAUUGGGUAGACUCAGUUGUGUUUGUUGCUGGUGGUUGAACGGAUAUUUAACAAAAAAAAUAAAUCAUGUCUGUUAAGGUUUUGUUUCUUCAAAACUAUGUCGAGUUUAUUUUAACUAGAACCAUAAUUAAACCUUCAAAGUAUAUUUUAAUAUCUGGGGU